AUGGAGCUUCAGCCCAGGUGGCUGAUUUGGCCAGGUCUAUAUAACUGCACAGGGAGCCUUGGACGUUACCUCUCAGGAAGUCCAGAGCGUGCUGAGAAACCCGUCGCCAUGGCACCGAAGAAGGCAAAGAAGAAGACGGUCGAGGCAGGCUCCAAUGUGUUCAGCAUGUUUGAGCAGUCGCAGAUUCAGGAGUUCAAGGAGGCCUUCACCAUCAUGGACCAGAACAGAGACGGUUUCAUUGACAAGGGGGACCUGAGAGACACGUUUGCUGCUCUGGGUCGUCUCAACGUUGGCAAUGACGAGCUGGAUGAGAUGAUGAAGGAGGCUCCCGGCCCCAUCAACUUUACCAUCUUCCUAGCUAUGUUUGGCGAGAAGCUCAAAGGGACUGACCCAGAGGAAACCAUUCUCAACGCAUUCAAGAUCUUUGACCCGGAGGGAAAAGGUGUCCUAAGAGGAGAAGACAUCAAGUACCAUCUUAUGUCUCAGGCCGACAAGUUCACAGAGGACGAGGUAAACCAGAUGUUCACAAACUUUCCCCUGGAUGUUGCUGGAAACCUGGAUUACAAGAACCUGUGUUACGUUAUCACCCACGGAGAGGACAAGGAGCAGGAGUGAAACACUUGAUAAGAAUGUUAAAAAUUGAUCGGUCAGUUGGUUAACAAUAAAAGUUUACCGUGUCUAUUAA